AUGCCGUACCGCUUCGAGCUUGCGUCCAGCAAUCGUGCGGGCUGCCAGACCAAAGAAUGCAAAGACAACAAGGUCAAAAUCAAGAAGGGUGAGCUGCGCGUCGGCAGCUGGAUCGAUACCGAACGAGCCCAGUACUGGGCCUGGCGCCACUGGGGCUGCACCACGCCUCGUGUGCUUCUGAACAUCAAAACGUCCAUCGCCGACGAAGAGGAUGACAAGCAGCUUGACUUCGAUGCUUUGGAUGGCUUCGACGAGCUCUCUCCCGAGCAUCAAGAGAAGAUCAAGACUGCCAUCGAGAAGGGCCAUAUCGAAGAUGAUGAAUGGAAGGGUGACGUCGCGCACAACCGCCCCGGCAUGACCGGCAUGUUUCCCCGCAAGUCCAAAGCUAAGGCUGUAUCUGAGACUCCAUCUCCGAAGAAAACCAACCCGACGCCCGCCGAGGAUGCCAAGACCGAGGCCAGUGACAAAGCCAAAGAAGAAAAUGCAGCCCAGCCAAAGCACAAAGCCAAUAGCAAAGGAAGUGUCAAACCCAAGGGCAAGAAUGGAGCCGAUGCUACAGAUAAAGCUUCGUCUGAUGAAAAGAAGCCCACCGGAAAGCGCAAGAAGGCUGCCACUGCUGAGGUGACCCCUGAUGAUGCACCUAUCAAUGGCGAUCACAACGAGGAAGACGAACUUGCUCCCAAGCGCAAGAGAGCGACCCGUGCUAAAAAGGUGGUCCCUGAGGCAGAAGCCGACGAGAACACCAAGGUCGAGAAGCGAGCCCGCCCUGCUAGGAAUGCUGCCAAAGCCAAUGGAGGUCGUGCUAAGAAGACUACUCAAGAGAAAGAUACUGGAGAAAAGACUGCUGAAAAUGCGGAGAAGCCCAAGCGUGGCCGUCGCAAGGCAGCAUUGCGACAGGAAGCUGAUUAG